GCGCCGCAGGCCGAGCUUCCCGCCCCCGCGCAGGGCUCUGCCUUGGCGGAGCAGGUCAGCGACCCGCCUGCCGAUGGCCCGGCUCAUGCGUCGGCAGAGGAGACUGGCGGACCCGAGGGCAGCGCGGCCGAGGCCGAGCCGCGCGUGGUGGAGAACGGCGAGGCGGAUGAGCCCUCCUUCAGCGACCCCGAGGACUUCGUGGACGACGUGAGCGAGGAAGAAUUACUUGGUGAUGUACUCAAAGAUCGUCCCCAGGAAGCAGAUGGAAUCGAUUCGGUGAUUGUAGUGGACAAUGUUCCUCAGGUGGGGCCUGACCGACUUGAGAAGCUCAAAAAUGUCAUCCACAAGAUCUUUUCCAAGUUUGGGAAAAUCACAAAUGAUUAUUAUCCUGAAGAGGAUGGAAAGACAAAAGGGUAUAUCUUCCUGGAAUAUGCGUCUCCUGCCCAUGCUGUGGAUGCUGUAAAAAACGCUGAUGGUUAUAAGCUUGAUAAGCAGCACACAUUCCGGGUUAACCUCUUCACCGAUUUUGACAAGUAUAUGACGAUCAGUGAUGAAUGGGAUAUUCCAGAGAAACAGCCUUUCAAAGACCUGGGAAACUUACGUUACUGGCUGGAAGAGGCAGAAUGUAGAGAUCAAUACAGUGUGAUUUUUGAGAGUGGAGACCGGACUUCAAUAUUCUGGAAUGAUGUGAAGGACCCUGUCUCAAUUGAAGAAAGAGCGAGAUGGACAGAGACAUAUGUGCGUUGGUCUCCAAAGGGCACCUACCUGGCAACCUUUCAUCAGAGAGGCAUUGCUCUUUGGGGUGGAGAGAAAUUCAAGCAAAUCCAGAGAUUCAGUCACCCAGGGGUUCAGCUCAUUGACUUCUCACCUUGUGAAAGAUACCUGGUGACUUUUAGCCCACUGAUGGACACUCAGGAUGACCCUCAGGCCAUAAUUAUCUGGGACAUCCUUACUGGGCACAAAAAAAGAGGAUUUCACUGUGAAAGCUCAGCCCAUUGGCCUAUUUUUAAGUGGAGCCAUGAUGGUAAAUUCUUUGCAAGAAUGACGCUCGAUACCCUUAGCAUCUAUGAAACUCCUUCAAUGGGUCUUUUGGACAAGAAGAGUUUGAAGAUUUCUGGAAUAAAAGACUUUUCUUGGUCUCCUGGUGGUAACAUAAUAGCCUUUUGGGUCCCUGAAGACAAAGACAUUCCAGCCAGGGUAACCCUGAUGCAGCUUCCUACCAGACAAGAGAUCCGAGUUAGGAAUUUGUUUAAUGUUGUGGACUGCAAGCUGCAUUGGCAAAAAAAUGGAGAUUAUUUGUGUGUUAAAGUAGAUAGAACUCCAAAAGGAACCCAGGGUGUUGUCACAAAUUUUGAAAUCUUCCGAAUGAGAGAGAAACAGGUACCAGUGGAUGUGGUUGAGAUGAAGGAAACCAUCAUAGCCUUUGCCUGGGAACCUAAUGGCAGCAAGUUUGCUGUGUUACAUGGAGAAGCUCCACGGAUAUCUGUCUCUUUCUACCAUGUGAAGAGCAAUGGGAAGAUUGAGCUCAUCAAAGUGUUCGACAAACAGCAGGCAAACACGAUCUUCUGGAGCCCCCAGGGGCAGUUCGUUGUGCUGGCUGGUCUGAGGAGUAUGAAUGGUGCCUUAGCAUUUGUCGACACUUCGGACUGUACUGUCAUGAACAUUGCAGAGCACUACAUGGCCUCUGACGUUGAGUGGGAUCCAACUGGGCGCUAUGUGGUCACUUCUGUGUCCUGGUGGAGCCAUAAGGUGGACAACGCUUACUGGCUGUGGACAUUCCAAGGACGCCUUCUGCAGAAGAAUAAUAAAGAUCGCUUCUGCCAGCUGCUGUGGAGACCACGGCCCCCCACACUUCUCAGCCAGGAACAGAUAAAGCAAAUUAAAAAGGAUCUGAAAAAAUACUCCAAGAUCUUUGAACAGAAGGACCGUCUGAGCCAGUCGAAAGCAUCAAAGGAAUUGGUGGAGAGGAGGAGAACCAUGAUGGAAGAUUUCCGGAAAUACCGAAAAACGGCUCAAGAACUCUACAUGAAGCAGAAAAAUGAACGUCUAGAACUGAGAGGAGGGGUGGACACUGACGAGCUGGACAGCAACGUGGAUGAUUGGGAAGAGGAGACCAUUGAGUUCUUUGUCACUGAGGAGGUGAUUCCUCUUGGGAACCAGGAGUGACCUGAGCACUGUGUGCAUCACCACAUCGUGCCCUGAAGCGGAGGCCAUCCUUUUGCAGAAAGCCUGCACAACUCUGAAUCUGCACCUGUGCUCUCUCUCACUCUGGGCUGUGAACGCACCUGGGAUUCUUCCAUCCUGACACUUUUUUGUGCCUUUAAACCCCUGGUGUGCACAGUGGGGAGGUUUCGAGGCACUGCUUUGGUUUUUCUCAUCUGGAUUUGUCAACCACCAAUGGUUGCCGAGCAAGACUCGCAGCAGUGCUCCUGUCGUCUCCUCUCCUCCUGCGGUGGUGUUCCAGGGGUUCCACCUGCUGCUGAGCUGAGUUUUAGUUCAAGGACUCACUAUUCUCUAUGUGGGCCAGUGUUGGGUGCGUCCUGGUGACUGGCAGGGAGACAGCAUACUGCCUGUGUCCCACCAAGCUCAGAGGUGCCAUGGCCGUGGACUCCGUGGUGCAGGUGUGGCAGGUUCUCUCAGCAGGUUGAAUGUGGAAAUAAAGCAACCCUGUAUGAAAACGC